UCUGUGUGUGUGUGUGUGUGUGUGUGCCUUAAACGCGAAAAACCCCUUAGCACCCCGUCUCACACACACACAAAAAAAAAUGUGAUUUUUCUUUAUAUUAAAAUUACAAAUUUUUUUAUUACCGGAUUUAACGCUUGGUGCCGAGUGUUCUUGUGCCUCACUUCGUGUGAAAAUAUCGAUAUUUUCUCCCCCCGUACCCCUCAAAGUCUUCUUAUUAUUGUUUUAUUUAAAAAUUAAAAAUAUACAGCGACGCGUAUGAAUUAAAAGAAAAAAAUAAUUGUUAAUGUUAACGUUAAUUUUUCAAAGUUUAUACUGUAGAGUUGUUGUUCCCGGUUUGGUAGCUUUAAAUGUUGAAACCAAGUAAUUAAUAUCGAAGGAAAAAUAUCGCGUAGUGCCUAACACAGUUCAAUUGACGAAUAGCUUUAAAACUUAGAAAUAAACCAGUAUUAUAUAUAGAUAUAUAUAGCACAAAAGCUCAAUAAUUCUUAAUAUCGAUACCAUAUCGACUACGACGACGUAUAAUCGAUAUCGACGAAGCUCCAGCUAAUUAAUGAUCAUGUCACACGUGACCCUGUGCAACUACCAAAACAAUGACAAUAAUAAUAAUGAUAAUAUUAGCGAGGACUCACAGCCGCCUACGAUAUACAGGUGCAGGGCACCAAUAGCGAGUCUGGAUUGUAUGGAAGAAUUCAGCGCCGGGAGCGCCCUCAGCCAAUUAGCCGACAAGGUGGACGCUGUCAGCUACACCACCAAGGAGCAGCUGCUGAUCGGGGGCGGGUUGGCGCCGGCGGUACCGCAGCUGCAGCUCAACCGUACCGCCAACGCCACCCCCGGCUUACGGUACCGGAAUUUGGGAAAGAGCGGCCUGAGAGUUUCCAACAUCGGUUUAGGUACUUGGCCGACAUUCAGUCCAAACGUAACGGAGGAACAAGCAGAACAAAUAAUAGUUUUAGCGGUUGAAAGCGGAAUCAAUGUCUUCGAUUUGUCCGAGGCGCAUUCUGGUACACGUGCAGAAGUCGAACUUGGAAGAAUCUUAACGCGCAGAGGUUGGAAACGCACCACUUUUAUCGUAACCACGAAGAUUUACUGGAGCACCAGGUCUGAGGAAAGGGGAUUAUCCAGGAAACACAUCAUAGAGAGCGUUAAGGCCAGCCUGCACCGAUUACAACUCUCCUACAUAGACGUUGUCAUUGUACAUAAGGCGGAUCCUAUGUGUCCCAUGGAAGAGGUGGUGAGAGCAAUGAACUAUGUGAUUAAUCAAGGCUGGGUGAUGUACUGGGGCACCGCCCGAUGGUCCCCGGUGGAAAUAAUGGAGGCCUACACCAACUGUAGACAGUUCAAUUGCGUCACCCCCAUCGUAGAACAGGCGGAAUACCAUCUGUUUUGCCGCGAGAAGACCGAACUUUAUAUGCCCGAGUUGUAUAAUAAAAUUGGAGUCGGUCUUAUGGCUUGGUCUCCCAUUUCCAUGGGCCUAUCCCAAGGUAAAGACGACAGCACAAUUCAGCUCUUCUCCAGAGCAAGCUUCAGAAACAAGUACAGCUCGUUUUCUUGGACCGAGGAUGAAACAGCUGCAGUUAACAAAGAUGGUUAUGGUUGGAUGAAGGAAAGAAUCCAACCCGAAGAGACCAGGAGGCAUUCAGAGAGGAUUCGUGAACUUAAUAGUCUGGCAGAGAAGCUUGGCUGCUCACUCACUCAACUCACCAUAGCUUGGAGUCUAAAAAAUGAGUCUGUACAGUGUCUUUUACUUGGUGCCAGUAAUGUUGAUCAGUUAUAUGAGAGUAUUCAGGCAUUACAGCUAAUUCCUAAACUGAACACCAACAUAGUCCAAGACAUCGAGAAGAUCUUGGAGAAUAAGCCCAGUCGACCUCCGAUGGUGUCCACUUUGGCGCUUAGAUGACAAUCAAUGUGCCCCCCUGGGUCCAUAAGUGGACAGGGAGGCACGAGUAACGCGGAAUCGCCAAAAGACGACGUGAGUAACGCGGACACCGCGGACACCACCAAGGACACCCAGAAACUGCCCUUCUGCGAGAUUCAGUGACAAAAGGUGACCGAGUUUGUAAAAACUCGCAACAAAUCGAAAACGCCCGAGACGGAGAAACCGACGGUGGUGACCAAGGAGAAGGUGCGCUGGUCCUACAGUCCCGAGGAGGGCCCCAAGUGCACCACCGAAACGUUCGUGUCGAAGAAGAAGGACAAGAAAGCGGUCACGCCGGUGAACGUAUGAGACGAGGAGAAGAAGAGGUCGGGAGGUGUGAGUAGAGAGGAGGAACGUGACGGGGAGGUGCUCAUUUAGGUAGGACGAGCGGUUGGCUUUUUAUGGGGUGCAGUCAAUGUUUGGUUAAAUUACUAAAACCUUUUUUCUUAAUAGUUAAUAGAAUAUCCAUUAUCGUUUAUUACUUGCUGGCAACGUUGAGGUAAUCAAAUUUUGAGUAGUAACGUUAGAAAGGAUGUAAGGAAUUCCUUACAUCCUUUCUUUUAUGACCCAAUUUUCAUAAUAUCUAAAGAAGUUUUAACAAAUUAAUUGAAGCCUUUUAAGUGCCAUAAUUUAUUUCAUUGACAUUUGCAUUCAUGCCAUUCAUUGACUGUGCAUUCAUUAGGGUAAUAAAUUGAACAAAUCUUAUACUGAUAAGAUUUCCUUAAUUCCAAAAACACACACACAAUAACGAAUAUUUAAUAAACAGUUUUUAACAAAGCAAAUUUGAAAUUUUUGUACGGCGGAAAUAAUGUGGAUUUCUAUUGUAAUUCGUGUAGUUUUUAAGUGAGGGCGACUUGUUCGCAUUAAAAUUUCUUCCAAUUAACUUUAAAAAAAAAAAAUACCGAGUUGCCUGAGAAGAAAAAAAAGGUGUUUCGCGUAGUUAGGUAUAAUAAUUUUUAACUUAUUAUAUAUAGAUCCUCUUUGCCAAGGAGCGUUUGGCAAAUAGUGAGUGAAUUUUGCACAAUUUGAUAGUGAUAAUAACCUUUUAUGUCUUUUAACGCUCUGCCAAGUUUCGGUCAUUGUUUCUUAUAUAACUUCGAUUGUAUUUCAAGUUAAUUACGGCUUGAAACAGGCUUACUGAAUCUAAUAGAUUUAUAAUAAAUAGAGGUGCCAGUUAACGCAAACAUGUUUUAAAUUAAAACUAACAUUUUAAUAGGGGCGAUUUUUGUAUUAUAUAGUUGUCUAAGCUGAUGUAAAUGUGUAUAAAAUUUCCAGUUUUCAAUCGCAGGCUUAUUAAUUAUGACAGGUGUUUCAACAUUUUAAGGAUAUAUUAUGACCAAACAAGUUUUUUCAAAAUAUAUAGAACAUUGCGAUUUUUUAUUAAAUAGUGCUGAAAUUGUCACUUUUUUUCUUUUAAAUUGUUAAAACUAUAAAACAUGCCUUACUACGAUAAGUAAUUUUAAAUUAGAAGUUAAUGUUAUACAGGUCGUGGUCCUAUGCGAACUUCAGUGGGUAAUUUUAUUGUUACUGAUUUUUUUUUAUAUUUU